AUGGCGACUCAACAAUUGGUGGCAGACAACAAACAAGGAGCCGAGGUACACCACGGCGCCGCUCUCUGUAAGCAAAAGUGUCACGAGCUUCUCGCCGAACUCAACCUUCCCAAAGGCCUUCUCCCACUCGACAACCUCACCGAGAUGGGCCAUAACCGCGCCACCGGUUUCAUGUGGGUCAAGCAAAACCAACGUUACGAGCACAAGUUCAAAGCCAUCAAUCGCACCGUUUCCUACGACACCGAAGUGUCGGCGUUUAUUGAGAACCGUCGGAUGCGUAAAGUUACGGGAGUGAAAGUUAAGGAGCUUCUGAUGUGGGUGAGGCUUGUCGAGAUGUAUAUUGACGAUCCUAAUUCCGGCAAAGUAACGUUCUCCAGUGCCGCCGGGCUUUCCAAGACCUUCCCGAUCUCUGCGUUCGAGCUGGAGGAGAAGGACCAAAAGGAACAAAAGUGA